AUGAACUUCAACAACGCGACCUAUGAUGUGCUUUGGCGUGUGCCAGAUAGUGGACUGGGCUCCACCGGAGUUCCAUGCUGUUCCAUCACCGACUCUUCUUGCGAGAGGUACUGCCAGAACUCCUCGUGGCCACCUUUCGGGGGGACAUGGUCGAUGUAUCCAAACAUGAAGACAGCUACAGCCAGGGCUGAGGGCUGGGCUACAAAGGGAUGGACGGUGGAGAUCGCCUUUCCGCUGCACCCUGCCGAUGGCAUUGGUGGGCUCCUCUCGGCAGGCCAAGGUACCUCCUUGGCUGAGAGGUUCGAUCCGAAUGCAGGUGCGAAGUAUUGGUCGGUGGACUUCUCGCGUGCAGAGCACCCCUUCUUCACGUCGAACUCGUCCCUCUUUGGACAGCUCUGUCCGUCCAUUCAGAAGGAUCAGCCGACGCUUUUGGGAGCGGAUCAGUGGAGCUGCUACUGGGAGUGGGUCUGGCAGCCUGUGGGAGGCCAUCGCUACAUGCACAAUCCGGACACCUUUGGGUUCCUACAGUUCGCUGGACCGGAGGGUGAAGAGCUCUGCGGCAACAUUGAGUGGCCUGCGCGAUACGUCCUGGCUCAAGUCUACCAAGCUGAAGUCGCCUAUGCGAAGUCCACAGGCGCCUACACGAGCAGCAUCUGGACGCUGCUCAAGGGAUCUUUCUGCACGCCGGAGAACGGCUGCUCGGUGGCUGUCCUUCGUAAGGUCGUGACGAUCUACGCGCGCUACUUCAAUCUCAAGGUCUUGGUAGACAAUUCAGCGACGUCCUGUGUGAGAUAUGCUACGAAUAAGACUGCCGCCAACUACACUGGUGGGCCAUGCUUCAAUGCUUCUGUGGAUGUGCGGCUGCCAUCCUGCACUGAAGUGCGCUCGCAGAUACGAGGCUCAAUCCGCGAAGACCGCUUUCUUGAUGUUCGCGUCUCUGGAAUGCCGACACGGGAGUGCCUCCAGCUCUGGACUCAGGUUUAA